UUUAAGUUUUCUACUUUAGGCGAAUCGCCUGAAGCGUUUCAUUCGAAUAGCGACACGAGCACCGUACGAAAGAAAUUAACUUGGGUACGAGAACGUCAAUAGAAAUGAAUUUGUAUGCCGCUUGUAUCCUGUACUUUUUGGUAGUUUCAGUCUGUUACGGAUUAAACGAGAGUUGCAGCGACGAACUUGGAAUGAAAAAUAAACGAAUCCCAGACAAGAAUAUUACAGCAUCAACUUCAAAAAGUAAAGAUAACUCCCCUCACUUUGCACGUUUGGACAGCCCAAAGGCCUGGUGCUCUUCGCAAGAUGACAAGUUGCCUUUCAUACAAAUCCAGUUGAAAGGUCCAAGGAUUAUAACUGGUAUAACAACCCAAGGAAGCUCUUCUGAUUGGGCAUGGGUGACAAAAUAUGGAGUCAAGUUCCGGGAAAAUGGAACAUGGAAAGAAUAUCAUGAGGAACUAGCGGGCAAUAAUAACAUUCGAGGCGUGAAGUCGAAUGCCUUAGAUCCUCCAAUCAAAACGCAAUCGAUUAGAAUUUAUCCUAAGGAUCCAAUGACGUUGGAUAACACUGAUCCCAAACCCUGCUGCUUAAGAUUAGAGUUGCGUGGAUGUUCUGCUCCAGAUUGUGGCCCCUUAAAAAAGCCAGAUCACGGAGAUAUAAUCGAGCAAGUAGCGUUUACCUAUGGAAAUAGAAUAGUCUUUAAAUGCACAGAGACGGGUUAUGAAAUGAGAGGAUCUAGAGUAAGGAUAUGCCAAAUUGAUGGAACAUGGAAUGGCUCUCCCACUACAUGCGAAAUUGUUCAAUGUGGAGAUCCUGGAACCAUCCAAAACGGAAGCCAGACAGUAACUAAAGGUUUCAUGUACGGCGGAUCUGUUGAAUUUAAAUGUGACAAAGGUUACACUCUGGUAGGGAUGCGCAUCAUUUACUGCCGAGCGGACAAACAAUGGAGUGCAGCUGUACCGCAUUGUCGAGAUUUCUGUCAAAGCCAUGCAGCUGGGGUGCACGCCAAUCCUGAUAACUGCUUUGGUUUCAUAAUGUGUGAUAAGGCUGGUACCACCCAUGAAAUGCCUUGUCCUGCGGGACUCAAGUUCAAUCCCGCCACACUCGUCUGUGAUUGGCCGAAAAAUGUCGAGUGCGAGAAUGCUGGAAGCGGAAAGCCGGCAGGCUGAACAACCCGAGGAGUAUUCUCUCACCGCUGACGAAUGAAGACGUAGUAUUUGAAUACCUCUUAGCUACGGUGUACUAGAAACAUUUUAUUCUCGAAUUAAAUAUUGUUACAACAUGA